UCGGCCGUGUCAAAAUAUUUUAUUUAAGUAUCUUGUGAUAAUGCGAUAAGUGUAAAAUUAUUAGAUAAUAUUUAGUAUUGAUUUAGUAAUCCGUGUGUUGUCUUAGAUAGUGGUUACAUAUAUAUUUUAUGUGACAAUUUAUGGUGUAAUAUGGCCAAGUGGGAUGUGGAUGGGAAAGUGGUAUUGGUGACGGGUGGGGCAGCUGGGAUUGGGGCUAAAUUGGUUAGAGGAUUGUUGGCGAAAAAUGCUAGGCAUGUCGCGUUUCUCGACGUCGCAGCGAGGGAGGGGGCGGCCCUGGAGGGAGAACUCUUGAACAAGUUCGGUGCAUUAAGAGUGAAGUUUAUAAAAUGCGACAUGGCUGAUGCUGGCCAAGUUGAUAACGCAUAUAGACAAGUCCUGGACAAAUACCGCAGGCUGGAUGCGGUUGUGAAUUGCGCGGCGGUACUUGGCGAUACUGAGAGUUCAUAUAGGACUAUGGUGGACGUUAAUUUCUGUGGAACCGUAACGAGUACAUUAAAGGCCUUUGAAAUAAUGAGGGCGGAUAGAGGAGGCGGCGGUGGAGUUGUGAUAAACGUGUCGUCGUUACACGCUUUCAGACCAUGCUCGUAUCUGUCGGUUUAUGGUGCUACAAAGGCGGCUGUGCUGCAGUUUAGCAAUUCUUUUGCGGCAGAAGAGGCGUACUCGAAGACUAAAGUUCGCGUUAUCACAGUCUGCCUUGGACUCACAGACACGGCGCUGGUCCACAAACAAAACUUGGAUAACUCGACGAAGGAUUCCUUCGGUUUAAUUUCAGGCUCGGAGCCGCAAAGAGUGGAGUCAGCAGUAACCGGUAUAAUUGAGGUAGUUCACUGCGGGGAGAACGGCACUACGUGGAUAAUCGCUAACGAUAAACCCGCCUUAGACGUAACCAAGUCCGUGAAGCAGAGCCUUGAAAUCCUUUCGAAUGUGGCUGAGGGGCUUUAGAUUUAUGUUGCUUUUAAUGAAUCUGAUUUUGUUAA